AUGUCAUCCCGCGGGCCCAAUGUUCUCCGCUACCUCCGCCGGGUUCGAGGUAAACCACAUACGACCCGCGCCUUUUCCACUCCUCCAUCCCCUACAAGUCCACCAAAGACUCCGUCGCAAUCGAACCCCAAUGGCUCCCAUUCUCGCCUCCGCCGCUUCAACGACCGCCUCCCUCGCUUCCUCCGCGCAUAUACCACACCUUUAUUCGGGGCACCGGUCACUCAUAUCACAUCAUUCCUGAUACUUCAUGAGAUUACUGCUAUACUUCCACUAUUCGGACUCGUUAGUGCCUUUCACUAUGGUGCUUGGAUGCCGGACCUCACUUCAAAAACAGGCGAGUCUAAUGCUUUCGACGAGGGAGCUGCACGGUUUGGCCGAUGGUUGAAAAAGAAAGGAUGGGUCGACGAGGCUGAUGUAGAUACUGUGACGGAACAUGGGACCACCGGGGAGACAAGGAUAGAGCGAGCAGGUGUACGACUAGUACUGGAGUUUGCAACAGCCUACGCCAUUACGAAAGCUUUAAUGCCCGCUCGGUUGGCGGCCAGCGUUUGGGCCACGCCGUGGUUUGCCAGAGCGGUCUUUACCCCAACAGCGAACCUUGCUCGGAGGCUGUUCAGACGAGGUUGA